AUGUCCAGAAGAAGGGCUGACAAGAAGGAAAAUGAACCUGAAGUAAGAGGCCCUAAUAGUGCUCUGACUGCGUUUUUAAGAGAACAGGGGAUUGAUGCUGGUGCGAUUAGAAGACGUUAUGAACAAAGUUUGUUGACUGAACGUAACGAGCAAACGAGUCACUUGCAUGAGCAAGAAGAACCCUUUCAAGAGAAUGAGAUCAUACUGGCAGCAAUUGAGAAGAGAAGACGCAGGAGGACAGAUGCCAAUUCAGAUAGUGGUUAUUCAGACUCAAGUUUCAGCAGUGACGACGUGAAAGAUUCUCAUUAUUGUAUGAAUUGCGAUAGGGAGUUUAAAAUUACUGUCUAUUCAAAAAAGUUAGAGAAAGAUGGAAAAGUUGGUUAUUUAUGCACUGAAUGCACAAGGUUUCAAGUAGACCAAGAACGAAGGAAGAAGAAAACCGCAUUCGAAGCCAGGAAGAAGAGAAAAAAGCUAGCUUCUGCUUUGUUAAACAGACAGGAACUUAAAAUUCCCAGCUUGCAAGACAUUUGUAUUAAACUUCUAAGCAAGCACAUUGACGAUGUUCAUGCACUAGGGGACAUCAGUGUGGUUAGCUUGAACAAAAUUAGUCGGAUCCUAUCUAAGAACCGCUCCCUUAACAAUAGGACCAUGAUGUUGUUUCUGGACGUCACUUUGAAACACUUGGAAUUUUGGGACUGUUCAAACAUAGAUAUGGCAUACUUGGACAAGAUCACCGCAUUUUGUCCAAAGUUAGAAUCAAUGACGUUGAACAUGUGUGGGCAAUUACAUAAUAGCAACCUGAUCUCUUUUGCCCAGAAUCUUUUGGAUUUAAACUCUAUUGUACUGAAUGGUCCGUUUUUGAUUAGCGAACCAACUUGGGUGCAAUUCUUUGAACUGAUGAAUGCGAGAUUAAAGUUAUUUCAUGUAUCGAACACUCAUAGAUUCUCAGGUGAUUCUCUCCAGAGUUUACUAACUAACUGUGGAACUAGCCUCGAGUCUCUUUCUUUAAGUCGACUUGAUGGUCUUAUGUCCAAGGCUGCAUACGAUGUUUUGCCCUAUCACUUGAGGAAUUUAAAACAUUUAGAUCUUUCCAACCCAUUCAAAGAAAAUCUGAUUGACGAUAAUUUGAUUAUGAGUAUUCUCUCGGUGAAUGGUGAAUCUAUAGAGACGCUUCUAUUGGAUGGAUGUUCUGGUCUAACUGAUUUGUUUUUAGUCAAAGGUGUUAAAAGAUACUGUUCUUCUUUAAAAAGGAUCAGUUUAGAGUCGCUUGACCAAGUUACUGAUAGCGGCCUUACACAGUUAUUUGGUGGUUGGACCAUAAAUAGCGGAUUGAUUGAAGUCAAUUUGAAACGGUGUUUUGGCUUGGGAGACAGAGGUAUAUUGACAUUUUUGAACCAUUCUGCAUCUUCUUUGGUGAGUCUGAACCUCAAUUCUGUGUACAGCUUGAGCCAUACUUUGUUUCAAACUUUGUCGAGAACUCUAAAACUUCCCCUAUUGACCGCACUCGAUUUGGGAUUUGUUCGAUCGGUGGACGACAAGGCGAUUGCAAUUUUGUCGAGAAUUUGUCCUAAGUUGAAAGAGUUGGAAGUUUAUGGAAACAACAGGUGUACUCAAAGAGCGAGGAUAAGACGUGGCCUCAAAGUGUUGGGAAGACAAAGUGAUAGUAUAUAG